AUGUCAAGCCCAGUGGCCCAUGAACACUCGGCGUCGCGGAUCCGUUAUGGCGCGGCGGCCCUGCUAGCACUCGUCGAGGCGUUCGGGAUCAACAGCAUGUAUGGCCAAAUCUGGCGUUCUGGUUUCGCUCAGACAGCGUGGAAUUGGCUCAACGACCCCGAUGCCCGGUUGCCUGGGUCUUCGCGGCCUGCCAUCCGUCAAUACUUCGGCAUACCGGUAAUCGACGACUCUCUCGUGCUCGCCAAUUUCUGUUUCAUCAACACCAUCGACGGCUCAAGGCCAGAGAUGUCCCUUUACGGCUUGCAGUUCGGAGGACAGCUCGUCCCCGUGGUGGCCGUGCUGAUGAUUGAAGGCCUCAGGGCUGGGAACCGAAAUCGCAUGCUGCGUUGGUCAUUGUUCUGGUGCCAUCUCAUGCAGGUGGUUGGCUACGCGAUAGUGAUGCCUUUGUAUGGUUGCCUCCAUCUUCUUACUUCGGCUACUGCCGCAGGGAGCUCAGACGCCAACCGGCUACGUCGCCGCGCACCUCUUGCCCUUCAAGUCUUGAUUCCGAGCUUCGCGAUCGGUUAUGUAAUUCCGACAAUCCUCUUCGUGUAUCCAUUUUCAUCUAAUUUCCUCCGUCAAUGGUUUUGCACCGCCUGGCAAUUGUACCCGCACAUCCUCUACGCAUGCCAGCAUGUUCUGGCCUCGAAAUCACCCCAGCACGAGGAUCAACGUCCGGACCAGAAGCACGAGGACCAAGACUUGAAGAUCCUGUCAAAAGCAUACGACGUCGCCUUCAAAUUCGCAGCGACUAUUCAGAUCUUUGUUUACACCAUCUUGAUUACCGUCUGGCUCAUGCCCAGUCUGUUUCCGGACCACAUCGCCCAGGCCUUGACGUUCGAACAGGUUUUCAAACCCGGCUCGUUCUAUUCAUAUGGUCCGCCCGGAUCAGUGCCAGAUGAGAUGCACCGUUGGUUUCACUAUGACCAGUACGUGGGAUCCGCAGCCAUUCUCGUCUGGGCCCUUGCACUUUAUCUCUCUCGCCCGACUUGCGGCAAGCAUACUUGGAAGGGCUACGCACGGCUGGGAGGGAAAAUCUGCACUUGGGCGAUCAUUGGCGGUCCUGCCGGAGCGGCGGCCAAGAUUUUGCAGCUCCGAGAUGAGCAAAUACAUCGAAUGCCCAAAUCUCAGAAGCAGAAGCGAUCAGUCUAA